UCCUUUUAACAUUGAGUGCCGUCUCUGAACUCAAAUGACAGAGGUGGGGAAGUGCAGGACGUUGCGAGCUCGGCGCAGCUGAUUGGGGAGGAAAGAAUGUUGGUAGUUCUGAGCAAGACAGCUUAGCCAAAAUGGCAAAGUGAAAAAAUUCACAAAGCCGAAUGAUUACUGUGAGGUAGCAUGAGUUAAAUUUGACGGCAUGAGAAGUUUAUAAUAUGCAAGAAGUUUUCCUAAUACAAAAGUUUUCACAUGGGCUAAUGAUGAGUCAGCGAUUGGGAAUUGAAUUAUGUGAUAAAUUCUUUAAUUCGUUAAGUUAGUUGCACUAAGCAGUAGUUUCAGCAUUGUGUCGGGCACUGUAGAGUGGAGUGCACGUGUUUCGGGUUUCUUUUAGGUUAGAUGCAAAUAAACAAUUUAGAACUAGGCGGAAAAUUAUCAGAAGCACAGUAUAUGCAAGUUUUGUGUGAGCGUAUAACCUCGUUCUCUGCAUUUUGAUAUUGCAUAUUCUUAUCGUGGCAACAUGCAAGUUUCCGAUCCAAACAAUGUUAAAAUUUAUAAUCUUAGUGCGGGAAAAUCUCUUCCUGACUGGCUUUCAGAAAAGAAACGGAGAGCACUUCAGAAAAAAAGUGUUGAUAUUAGGAGACGAAUUGAACUUAUCCAAGACUUUGAAAUGCCAGGAGUUAGCACAACAGUUAAAGUGUCUCCUGAUGGACAAUAUGUUUUAGCUACUGGCAUUUACAAACCUCGUGUUAGGUGUUAUGAUGUAAAUCAAUUGUCUAUGAAAUUUGAAAGAUGUUUUGACUCAGAAGUUGUGACUUUUGAUGUACUUUCUGAAGAUUUCAGCAAACUUGUUUUCUUACAUUGUGAUCGGUAUAUUGAAUUUCAUGCUGCAUAUGGCCGGUAUUUCCGAUUACGAAUCCCUAGAUUUGGCCGUGACAUGAAAUAUCAUUAUUCGUCUUGUGAUUUGUUUGUUGUAGGAGCAGGGCCUGAAGUGUAUCGGUUGAAUUUGGAACGUGGCCAGUUUCUGAAUUCCUUGGUUACAGAAGCCUCUGAAAUAAAUCGUUGUGCAAUAAAUCCAGAGCAUCAGCUUCUUGUAUGUGGUUCUAGAGAGGGAAGAGUAGAAGCAUGGGAUACCCGAGUGCGGAAAUCAGUUGGCAGCCUUGAUUGUGCUAUUAGCUGUGCUACAGACUCACAAUUUGAAGGAUUUCCAUCUGUCACAGCUCUCCAGUUCCAAGGUGCACUGACCAUGGCAGUAGGAACUGCUACUGGACAUAUUUUAUUGUAUGAUCUUCGUGCAAAUAAGCCAUUCUUAAUUAAAGAUCAUAUGUAUGGCUUACCUAUAUUGGAUUUGGAUUUCUAUUCUGCUCAAAACUUUGUUCUUUCAAUGGACAGAUCCAUUUUAAAAAUAUGGGACAAGAAUACAGGCAAGCCAUUCACCUCAAUUGAAGCAACAGCAGAUUUUAAUAAUUUGUGUUAUGUGCGUGAUUCAGGACUGAUGUUUAUAGCAAAUGAGAACACUAAGAUUUUGACAUAUUACAUACCUAGUAUGGGUCCUGCACCAAAGUGGUGUAGUUUCUUAGACGCCCUCACUGAAGAGUUAGAAGAGAGCAAGAGUGAGACUGUGUAUGAUGACUACAAGUUUGUUACCAAAAAGGAGCUUGAAGAAUUGGGAUUGGACCAUUUAAUAGGCACUAAUCUUCUUCGAGCAUAUAUGCACGGUUAUUUCCUUGAUUUCCGAUUGUAUAAGAAAGCAAAAUCAGUUGCCGAUCCAUUUGCCUUUGAAGAAUACAAGAAGAAGAAAAUAAAGUCAAUAAUAGAAGAAGAAAGAGGAAAUAGAGUGAAGUUACAUAAACUUCCAAGCGUCAAUAAAGAAUUAGCUCUAAAACUAAUGAACACUGAACUGGGCCCAAAGAAGAAGAAGAAAUCUGUAUCAAAUUUGUUGAGUGAUGACCGUUUCAAGGCUUUGUUCGAAAACCCUGAUUUUGAAGUGGACAAAAAUGCUGAGGAAUACAGGUUACUAAAUCCUGUACUGAGUAGAAUGGAACGGAGCCGUGAAAAGGUGUUGAAGAAGCAAAGAGUUGAGAAAAAGGUGGAAGAACAGGAGAUCGAGUUGGAGGGUAAAGCGAGCUCUGACGAAUCGUCAGAUUCUAGUUCAGAUGAUGAUCGCACCUGGGCUGAGGAGUUGCGACGUCAGCAUCGCUUAGUAAGAACUGAGAACAGGCAUCAGGCUCGAGCAGCUGAAGCAGAAGAGAAACUGGAGAAGGAGAAGGGAUCAGAUGGCGAAGCCCAACAGCCAAAGUUCUAUGAACUUGGGGAAGGAGAAGUUAUCAGAAAUGGACGUAUAAAAGUGCUGAAAAAGCAAAUGAAAGCUCCUCUGGGUCAGAGGGUUGUGGAGGAAAGCCAUUACAGUACCCAAACAUCGAUUUCUGGAGGAAGUAGGCAAAUGACAUUCAAGGUUCAGAAGGACAAGAAAUCUUCCAAGUAUGAUGUCAUGUCCAGAGAGCAUUAUGAAGAAAGGAAAAAAUUAGUAAGAUCUGCAAAAGGCAUCCGGACCAACUCAAAACUGAAUAACUGGAUGAGGCGACAGAAUAGAUCCUAAACCACUUGCUUUCUUCUUUUUCUUAUGUCAAUUACCUCUCUCUCCUAUUUUCUUUUCUCUUCUUUAAUUGCAUAUGUAAAAUUUGUAAGAUUACAUAUGAUAGUAUGAUUAACAAUUUUUGUUGUGAAAGGCUAAAGAAAAUAUUGUAAAAAGUUCAAUGAAUAUAAUGCUGUAAAUAAUAUGAAAUGUUGUAAAUAAAUUGUAAAUAAUUUAUUUUUAUUAAAAGUGGAGGUGAUUCAAAUUAAAUUUUUGAUUGGUACUGAAAUGUUCAUUAUCUUGUCACACGUUCAUAGUUGUAUGAAAAGUCUAAAGAGUUGCUUAUUUGUUCAAUAAUUUAAGAUUUGUUUGCACAAUAGUGAUGUUAACUUUCAAUGCAGCAGUGAUCAUAGAAACAUAAAUGCUUAGGGUCUUAGGAGAAGCAAUUGAAUCAGAAAUUUGAGGCAGUUUACAUUUUGACAAAUAUAUAUUUAUAUUGUGAAAAAUGAUUCUAUGAAAAAUAUUUCAUAGACUUUGUACCAAUCAGAUAAAACUCAUGUCCUUGAUCAUGUGGCAUUUCUAUUGUAUUGGAGAGUUUCUCAGCAAAAUGACAUGGAAAUAUUUAUUAGUCUAAUAGAGGAAUUGGGCUUCUUUUUUCCCCCAUACAAACCGUAUAAUUAUACAGAUGUGUAUGAUGUAUGCAUACAUCCAUACAUGCAAACACACUCACACAAUUAUGCUGUUUAUUAACAAAUCAACAGUUAAUAUCAUAAAUAAACAAUAUGAAUAUAUUACUGUAAACAGUACAAUAUAAUUUUAUGUUGAGUGUUGGAAAAAUGUCAAUAAAGUUCAUAAUUGUG